AAAAACCUCUAAUUGAACAAACAUUCAACACUACUGGACUACUUUUUACUCUCAGUAUAUAUAUACAUACUAUCAGUGAUCAAGAAUGGAUAUCUUUCGAAGCUAUUAUUCCGACACUCUUACUGAAUCUUCAUCACUGUCUGAAAAUAGCAGCUCCUCACGUAAUAGAGCUAAUCUUUCCGAUGAGGAAGUUAUGUUAGCUUCAAAUAACCCCAAGAAGCGCGCCGGGAGAAAGAAGUUUCGCGAGACACGUCAUGCAACAUACAGGGGAGUGAGGAAGAGGAAUUCAGACAGAUGGGUUUGUGAAAUCAGACAACCAAAUAAGAAAUCAAGAAUAUGGCUUGGAACUUACCCCACUGCAGAAAUGGCGGCUAGAGCUCAUGACGUGGCGGCUAUUGCAUUAAGGGGUCGUUCUGCUUGCUUGAACUUUGCUGACUCUGUUUGGAAGUUGCCUAUCCCUGCUUCCGCCGACGCUAAGGAUAUUCAGAGAGCGGCGGCAGAGGCCGCCGAGGCUUUCGGCCGCCCAUCUGAGUCAGAAGAAGCAGAUUCAGGCACUACUCCUGAAACGCCAGAAAGUAGUAAGUUAUUUAUGGAUGAGGAAGCUCUGUUUUGCAUGCCGGGAUUGCUAGCAAAUAUGGCGGAAGGACUAAUGCUGCCUCCACCUCACUACGUAGAAGUUGGCGAUUAUGUGGAAGCUGCUGCUGAUAUGCCUCUAUGGAGUUAUACUAUGUAAAUACUUCUGGUUAUUGCCUCUUUUGAAAAAUCUAUAUCAUCGUAAGUAUAUAUAGUCAAUACGCAAUCAAGAUGCUUGAGGUGAAGUUCCUUCAAUUAGGAUUUUGGAGAUA